UCUAUUUUAAUGAGAAUGCUACUCAGUUGAGAAGUUGUUUAUGGGGAUUAAUCUGCUCUGCCAUCAGUUGGCUAAAUCUGGUGACAACCUGCAUUGGCUUUGGGGAAUAAUUUUUAAUCUGUUAUUCAACUUUAUUAGUCCCAGUGGAAAUUUCAAACCCAUCUCUUGCCAUUAGUCCUUCCCUAUUAACCUCCUUAAAUAUAAGCAUUAAUAAAACACUAAGAAACCAAAAAUAAAUUAAAUUAUUUGCUGUCUUGGCCUGUUGUUUUUAUAAGAUUGGCAAUGCUGAGAUCCUGCAGGGCUGGGUGUACUCAGUGACCACACAGAGAUCAUUUAGUCAGCUGCUGUAGAAGUGGAUGUAUUUCCUUGCCUCAUUGCUGUUGAUCUAUCUGCAUAUAGACCUAUUUUUUGUCCUCUGAUAUUUCUCCUCUGUAGAGAUACUAAUCAGAAAAUUAGUCUUGAAAGUGUUCAUUUUUGUUAUCUCUUUUGUCUCUUGAUAAAUACUUGGUUUUGUUCAUGUUCCUUAAUCUGAUCCUCUCAGUGAAUAAGAAUAGAAUGACCUUGCUUUCUUUCUGAUAACCUUUUAGGAAGGCACCUCUAUUCCUACUGAUUCUUUUUUCUUCUAUCUACAUCAUAACUACUGGACUUCAAGUCUUUUUUCUUUUCAGUAAUUCCUCUUCAAUUGAUUGCACAUUUUAGUUUCCCACAUUUUUUGUCAUCCUUCUCUGACUAAUUCUUCUAAUUAGAACCAGGUUUUAAUCAAGAUUGCAGAAAGAGAAAAAGGACUUUUGUCAUCAAAAAAAAGGUGUUAAACAAUUCUCUAACUGCCACCCUCCAUCAUUAGAACCAUUUAGGAAAGCUGUGGUGAGAGCCUUUGAAUUUAUAUUUUGUCCACUUGCAGAUAUGAACUCUUUUCCAGGUUGAUACUGCAUGACUAGGAAACUGUCAAAGGAGGGUAGAGAAUUUACUAACAUGGUCUGUGGGCGUCUGCAAAUAAAAUAAAUGCAAAUUUCUGUCUGUGUUUGUCUUUCAUUGCUUGUACAAAGGAUACUGUGUAAGUUAGCAUUUCUGAAGAGCAUCCCCAGAGAAAUCUGCUUGCUUUAUCAAGAGGUGUGGAGGAGCGCCAGGGAAGAGACUGGAGGAGUUCCUCCGUGGGAGGUACUUUGCAUGCUGAUGCAUCUUCCUCUUUGUAGUUUAUUUGUUUUACCAUUGCUUCAUCAUUUCUCAUCCUCAGGAGGAAGACUUCUACACAAAAGUUUGUAAGAGACUUGGCUAAGGGCCAAUAACUCGCCAAUUUUCUGUGCUACAGUUUCAUUUCCUGAGGACAACACAGCAAUUGCAGCUCCUGCACAGCUCACGUGCCCAUCAGGCAGUUGUGGCUGCUCAGCUGGGGAUGCACAUCCAUGGCAUUUAUCCUGUUGGGUCUCCAUCAGCAGCCUGGGGUGCGAAUCUGAACCAGUUCCUCACUGGUCUGUAGCUAAUUGCUCUCUCCUCCAUCCUCUGCUGUGUCCAUCAGUAUUGGAACACUAAAUCUGCCUGAAGAGAUCCUCCAGGCUGAUGAGAGACCCACUGAAGCACCUUGCCAGACUGACACAGAAAUGGAACUCAUGGAAACCAAACUUUUUGUUAUUUGCAAGGACCCGGAGGAAUAUGCGUCAGUCUCUGUAAAGAAGUGCCAUCUGCAGCCUAUCUUAGGCAAACUGUUUCCUGAUAAUUAAGGUGAUGACAGCAGUUUAUCAUUAACCUGAACUCUGCAAGAAGCACAUAAGGAGAGAAAGAAGAGGAAAGCCAGAGGAGCAGCCAGGAUGGAAUCUGACAUAAGGAUCAACAAUGCUGCAGACAUCUCUGUUAUUGUCCUCUACUUUUUGAUAGUUCUGGCAGUGGGACUAUGGGCUAUGUACUCCACCAACCGAGGCACAGUGGGUGGGUUUUUCCUGGCUGGACGGAGCAUGGUUUGGUGGCCGAUUGGUGCUUCUCUGUUUGCCAGCAACAUUGGCAGUGGGCACUUUGUGGGAAUAGCAGGAACAGCAGCAGCUGGAGGAAUUGCCAUCGGGGGAUUUGAGUGGAAUGCUCUGAUAUUCGUGGUGAUUCUAGGAUGGAUCUUUGUACCCAUCUACAUCAAAGCUGGGGUGGUGACAAUGCCAGAGUACCUGAGGAAGCGUUUUGGUGGGAAGCGGAUCCAGAUCUACCUGUCCGUCCUUUCCCUGAUCAUCUAUGUUUUCACAAAGAUCUCAGCUGACAUAUUCUCUGGAGCUAUAUUUAUCCAGCUGGCCAUAGGGCUGAAUCUUUAUGUGGCCAUAAUUAUCCUGCUUUCUAUUACUGCUCUUUACACCAUCACAGGUGGCCUUGCAGCUGUGAUUUACACAGACACCUUACAAACGUUCAUCAUGGUGGUGGGAUCCUUUAUUCUCAUGGGAUUUGCCUUUGCUGAAGUGGGGGGCUAUGAGGCUUUCAUGCAGAAGUACAUGGAGGCCAUCCCAUCCAACGUCUCCUACGGGAGCACCGUGGUGGAUCCCGAGUGCUACACCCCUCGCCAGGACGCCUUCCACAUCUUCCGGGACCCCAUCAACGGGGACAUGCCCUGGCCAGGGGUGGUCUUUGGCCUCAGCAUCCUGGCCAUGUGGUACUGGUGCACAGAUCAGGUUAUUGUCCAAAGAUGUCUCUCUGGCAAGAACAUGUCCCAUGUGAAGGCUGGCUGUAUCAUGUGUGGCUACCUCAAACUCCUGCCCAUGUUUAUCAUAGUGAUGCCUGGAAUGAUCAGCCGGAUUUUGUACCCAGAUGUGGUGGCUUGUGUUGUGCCUGAAAUCUGUCAGCGCUACUGUGGCACCGCGGUGGGCUGCACAAACAUUGCUUAUCCAAAACUGGUAGUGGAGCUUAUGCCAAAUGGUCUGCGGGGUCUGAUGCUGUCAGUGAUGCUGGCCUCCCUCAUGAGCUCCCUGACAUCCAUUUUUAACAGUGCCAGUACUUUGUUCACCAUGGACAUUUACACCAAAAUUCGCAGCCGGCCGUCUGAGAAGGAGCUGAUGCUGGCGGGCAGGGCAUUUAUGUUACUCUUAAUUGGCAUCAGCAUUGCCUGGGUUCCUGUGGUGCAGUCAGCUCAGAGUGGGCAGCUCUUUGAUUAUAUUCAGUCUAUUACCAGUUUCCUGGGACCUCCCAUUGCUGCUGUUUUCCUGCUUGGUAUCUUCUGCAAGCGUGUCAAUGAGCAGGGUGCCUUCUGGGGCCUGAUCAUUGGGCUGCUGGCUGGACUCGGCAGGAUGAUCCCUGAGUUUGCCUAUGGAAGUGGCAGCUGCGGGGCCCCUUCCAACUGCCCCUUCAUCAUCUGUGGCAUUCACUACCUUUACUUUGCACUGAUCCUCUUUGCGGUUUCUGCCAUCGUCAUCCUGGCAGUCUCCUUCAUGACCAAGCCCAUUCCUGAUGUACAUCUUUACCGCUUGUGCUGGUCCUUGCGGAACAGCAAAGAGGAACGGAUUGAUCUUGAUGCAGAAGAGGAGCAGGACAGAGCUGAUGAAAAAGAUGAUGAAUCAGUUAAUGAGGAAAACCAGGAGGAGCCGGGGUGCUGCAGGAAAGCUUACAACUGGUUCUGUGGCCUGGACCAACAGAAGGGCCCCAAACUGAGCAAGGAGGAAGAGGAGGCCCUGAAGAGGAAGCUGACGGACACCAGUGAAGUGCCACUGUGGAGAAACAUUGUGAAUGUCAAUGGCAUCAUCCUCUUGACUGUGGCCGUGUUCUGCCAUGCCUACUUUGCAUAACCUCCUGAUCUCAGUCCUGAAAUUGUACUGCACUGUCCGAGCAAAAAUGACGGCUUGUAGAUUUACACAAUUAGAUACACAUUGUAUUUUCAUCAUCUACAUUUGUAAAACAUCAGAGUGAUUUACUCGCUGAUUUUGUAUCAUAAUUUCAACAAUUUAAAGAUGAAGGCUGCUGGGAUUUCAAGAGAGAGAAUUUCUGUUUUGACACUGAACCAAUCCAGGGCUAACUGAGGUUCAGAAUUUCCAUCCAAUAUUCUCUCUGCUCAUGAUACAUUUCAUAUUUUAGGUUCAGAACAAGGCUGCAUGAGCCAUAUUUCAUAUCAGGUUUUGUGAACUACCUUUUAGGGUUGACAAUGCUAUUUUGAUUUUCAACCCUUCCUCUGAUCAUUCAAUUUUCCUUUUCCUUUGGCUAUGAUAAUUUGAUUGCAAAACCCCCACAACCACUGAGGGACUGUAUUACAAACUCAAAUUAAAACAUUGCUUUUUUUCCCUCCAAACAUGGGAUAUCUUAAGUAAAGGAUUUAUGUAUAUAUCAAUGUAUUUGAUACUAUGUAUAAAUUUCCAUUAUCAGUUUUCCCCUUUUUUCUCACUUUCCAUUGGGUUGUGUUUCUCAGUUGUCAGUGGAACACUAACCUCUGAAUUGAUCACAUUUUGAAAUUGGGGAACACAUGCCUUGAUGAUCCUAAAAAGAAUUUUGCUUACAGCAGAUUAUAUGCUUAAGGUUAACUUCCAAAGGUCCCCCUCUCUUGAUAUUUUAAUAUAUACCUAUACUUGAAUGUGAAGCUUUUUAUACAAAAUACAUAUAUUAUAUAUAAACAGAUAAUACAGUAUGUAUAUGCACUAUAUAUAUUAUAUAUAUUUAAAAUAUA